AUGCAUCCACAAUUAGAUAAAAACAGGUUCGACACGUGUGACAAACUAAUGGACGCAUUAGAAGAAUGUCACAGGCAAGAGUUUUUGAAACAGUGUCUAGGAUUAUGCAAUUUUGAAAAAGACCAACUAACUAAAUGCUUGCAUUUCACUCGAGUUAAUGACUCAAAAGAGCGGAUAAAAAGGAAUCGUGACAAGCAAGCCAAGUGGGAAGCUGCUAAAAAGUUGAGGGAAGAGGAAGAAUAUGGCAAGAAUGGGUAUUUGAAAAAGGUUAUUGAGUUGGAAAUGCAAAAGAAGAACUAA